UCUAAAAAACGUUCGCUGUCUCAAAUAGACACAGUUACUUCUAGGCCUUUAAGUGCUUUGAAUGUCCUAAAAAUUAAUAAGAAUAUAAUCACAGAUUAAUUUGAUGUGCAUUAAUUGUUUAAAAAAUAUUAUAACAUAUCAAAUUUGAAAAUUGGCUCGAAGUUGAUGUCGUGAGGUGAUGCAACUUCGAGUAGUCGAAUGUGACAAUGACGCAACUUCGAGUUAUCGAGCUGAAACAUAAACACGGUGUUCCUUGUUCAAUAAUUGAUAUUUUUUAAUAUUAUCCUGUGCCUGAUUUAUUACAUAAACAUUGUCUAAGGUGAUUUUUAACAUUGAUAAACUAAAAAAAAAUUAAACCUACAUAAUUGCAUAUUUGGAUUAUUUUUCUAACGUAGUCAAAAUAGACAACCGCGUGGCUUCUUUGUUAGAAAAAUUCUCAUGACGUGAGGUGGCUCUUUGUGUUUUGAUUGGCCAAACAUCCUCGAAAUUGCUGUGGAUUGAUCGCUUCACGUUGCUUCUGACCUUUUUCCUAUUUAUUCUAAGACUACAGAGUGGGGGGUUAUUUUUCUCACGAUCUCAUGGCAAAACAAUAACAGACGUUUGUUAUCCUUAUUAUAAAACAGUGAAUAACAUCUAAAUCCAGCGUGAUAGAGUGUUAAAAUUAUUUAAGUUUGUGUUUAAACAUUCAGUGGAAUAUUAAUUAUAGUGAAAAGUGUAAAAAUUUACUUUUUCAUGAUCUUCCGUUUUAUCAACGACAGAAAAUCAUUGCUUACGAAAGUCAUGGUCAUGCAUUCACAACGUGAAUGUCUAAAGGCUUCACUAUGUGAUCUUAAAUAUUAAUCAAAUACAAACAAUACUACUGUUUUUAACAUUAAAUUUAAUUUUAGUUUUUUUUUGUUAGUCUUAACCUCAAAAAUAUUGUCAAUAAUAUAUAAAAUCAAACCAUUUGAAAGCUUAUUUUUGAGAGCAUCAAAAAAUCAAUAAUGAACGACCAAAAUUAUACGAGAUAUUUGUUAGCUGAGCUAGAAAACAGUACAAUGGACGGAAUAAAGCAAGAAACGCUUCAAAACCAAGAAAUGAAUUCGUCUGCUUCAGUACCUAUUCCAGGUUGUCACAGAGGUUUAAGAGGAAUUUAUGAUCAAUUUUCGCCAUCUCCAUUAGCCGUAACAUCAAUCUGGACCGGUAGACCUGACGAUGAUUCACAAUUUACAAUUGAUCCUGAACAAUUGGGAAUUACAUUCAAAAUGGAAGAUGAUGAUAUUUUUCAAGUGGACAAAGCUGAUCUUAUUCAAGGACCUACGCUUGCUGAACUCAAUGCCAAUGAUGAUAUUUUACUUGGAGACCUGAAUUUUGAUGAUUUAUUAUUACCAGAAGAAAAACUUCAACCCUUAAGGACAGAAACUCCUAGUAUUCAGCCGACUGGACCUUUGUUUACAAGUGCACCAACUAAUAAUUUUGCUUCCAGUAGCUGUCCACAGUCUACUAUUCAAUACAAAGAGUUACCCGCCUAUAAUUUUGUUACGGGAGUUCCUCCUAAUGGAAGGGUUAAUAUAAUUGAAACUAUUGAAACUGCCAAUGUGUCUGCUUUUCCAAGUCCAAGCACAAGCAAUGUUCCAGAAAGUUCAGCUAGUUCACCAUCACCAGCUAUGGCGGCAAAACCAGUACAAUCAACUCUUCACGAACUAUUAAUGAGAAAAGAAGAGAAUUCAACUUUGAAUAAUAGUUCGAUGUACAGCCAAAUAAGUCCUAUUCCAAUGGACACUUCUACUAAUAUAAUAAAAGUGUCAAGACUCUCAAUGUCUGCACCGACACAAACAAUGGGCCUAGAACAAAUUUGGGCUCGGAGAGAACCUCGACAACAUCUUUUAAGCACCGGAAGUCUUGGCUUAGUUGAAGCUGAAUCAACUAGUAGUUUAAGCACUGGUGGAGCUCUGAGUCCUGAUCCGUUGGGUCAAGCUGAUCCUCUAAACCAUUUAGAUCCUCUCAGCCAUGAUGAAGGAUAUGAAGACAGUGACGAUGACAGUGAUCAUUAUGAUGAUUACUCCAGUGACAAUGAAAGUGGAGGAAGUGAUGGUGAAGAUCAUGGCAGUAUUAAAGAUUCCAAGGAAAGUAAGGCAAGUAAAAAAGAAAAAUAUUUCUGGCAGUACAACGUUCAAGCCAAGGGGCCUAAAGGACAAAGACUGGUAGCACACACGCGUUUAGAAGAUCCUCACGUUUUGAAUGAAGCAACAGACCCAGUUUUUAGCCCCCACUGCGCACUUCGAGGCAUAAAGCACAGUGGAAAAGCUAGAAAAGGGGACGGCAAUGAUUUGACUCCCAAUCCAAGGAAAUUAUAUACCAUUGGGAAAGAGCUCGAUAAAUUAUCUCGUGUUAUUAAUGAUAUGACUCCAGUUUCCGAAUUACCAUUUCCUGCUAGGCCUAAAACACGUAAAGAAAAAAAUAAGCUUGCUUCUCGGGCCUGUCGUUUGAAAAAGAAAGCACAACAUGAGGCUAAUAAAAUAAAAUUACAUGGACUUGAAAUUGAACAUAAACGAUUAAUCCAAGGAAUUUCACAAAUGAAAGCUAUUUUAAGUGCUAAAUUAACAGAAGCGAAUCCGGAAAAUCAAGAAGAACUUACUCGCCAAAUGGACAGAAUAUGUAAAUCAGCUACAAAAUUGAAAAUUGCUAAUCAUUCAACAGAAUUCGUGAAUAAAGUUUUGGACAAGAUUAAAGCUGGUGUUGCUGAUGGUGGUAUAGACGACUUUUAGUACAAAGUUGUUGUUACCUACGAAAAAAUUAUAAAUUAUAAAAUAUAUCAUAACCAAGGUAUAUUUAUCUACAAGUUUAUAAACGCGAUAAUCGUACUAAGAGAAACGUACAUUUCAUAAAUAUAUGCGGCAAUAGAUAUAUUUUUAUUAACAAAGAAAAUCCACCAUAAAUUUAUAAGAAAAAAAAAACAAAACGAAAACGAAAGAAAGAGAGAAAAA